GUGGUUGAAACCAAGUAGAGCCAGCGGCAGGCCUCGUUAUCGGCCUUUUAACCUUUGCAUCAGCUAGUUUGUUCGUUACGUGAAAUCAUUCCCGAAUUUAUCGAGCAUUUAUUUGAGGAUCGUUAUUUUGGUUUGGUUGUUGAAACUGAUAAUACGCCGUGAAAUCUAUAUCGACAAUGGCGCAAAGUAAGCUCAACGAACUGGCUGGCAAGUUUGGAAAAGCUCCGAAUGGUUUAUCGCCGGGAUUGAAAUUGCUCGCCGUUGCCGGCGCUGCCAUGUAUGGAGUCACACAGUCUAUGUAUACUGUUGAUGGUGGGCAUCGGGCAAUCAUAUUUUCACGCCUCGGAGGUAUCCAAAAGGACAUCAUGACUGAAGGACUUCACUUUCGAAUUCCGUGGUUUCAGUAUCCCAUUAUAUAUGACAUCAGAAGCAAACCUAGGAAAAUUUCAUCGCCAACUGGAUCAAAGGAUCUUCAAAUGGUCAACAUUUCCCUUAGAGUCUUAUCUCGCCCUGAUGCAUUUAAUUUACCUGUCAUGUAUAGGCAACUAGGUCUUGACUAUGAUGAAAAGGUUCUGCCAAGCAUUUGUAAUGAAGUACUAAAGUCUGUGGUGGCCAAGUUCAAUGCAUCUCAAUUGAUAACGCAGCGACAACAAGUAUCUAUGAUGAUUCGCAGAGAGCUAACUGAGCGUGCAAAAGAUUUCAAUAUCGUUUUGGAUGAUGUAUCAAUAACAGAGUUGAGUUUUGGUAAGGAAUACACAGCUGCCGUUGAGGCAAAACAGGUAGCUCAACAGGAAGCGCAACGAGCAGCAUUUGUCGUUGAACGAGCCAAACAGGAGAAGCAGCAGAAAAUUGUCCAAGCAGAGGGAGAAGCGGAAGCUGCAAAAAUGCUUGGUUUAGCUGUUGGACGAAACCCUGGAUACUUGAAGCUAAGAAAAAUUCGGGCAGCACAGAGCAUAUCUCGAACGAUCGCAAAUUCACAAAAUCGUGUGUACUUGAGUGGCAACGGCCUUAUGCUCAAUAUUCAGGAUCCAACAUUCGAUGAUCUGUCUGAGAAAUUGAAAAGUAAUGGAAUAUCGCCUGCUAGGUGGAAAAACUGGAAUGAAUCUGCGCAGCAUGCGGUCAAAUCUUUGAACAUGAAUUCAUCUCAGCCAGCUUUGAGAAAUGUUGAAAAGCCGUCGAUUGUCUCAACUACUCCUUACGUCGAAGAUCCUAUUUCCCUUAUUCUGGACUCUGCAGAUGCGGGGGCUAAGCUUAUCGUUCCCUAAGCGGCAAUUUAAUUAGAAGAAUUUCGGAUCUCUGUCAGAAGUUUGUUCAAAGCUAAGGACUACCAUCCGACGAACGAUACAUAGAUUCAUACCGAAGGUGGCAAGGAUUGUCCUGGGUAAAACUUGUGUACAUCAAUACUGUCACGCCUGUAUAGUGAAGAUAAUUCUAAUAAAUAACACAGUUUUAGUUUGUAAAAUGUGAUCAGAGCUUUUUAGUGACUGAAAAUCUGCGUUUGUGGUACUGUGGUUUUAUUGUAACUUUUUUGCCAGUAGAAGUUUUGAUUUCCGAAAUCAAGCAGGUUAGAAUUCUUUUCAAUCUCUUUCCUGAUGUAUGUUAUACCGAAAUAGCGUUCCAAUAUUUACUCAUACCCUGUUGAAACUAAUGAUGUGUUUUUCUAACACAUUGAGAGGCGUUAUUCGUGCUUGAUUCUGACUUUUGCAAAGAAUUUUUGAAGAGACCAUAUUUGCCAAAUUCGGGCAACACUCUGGCUAAGGUUGACCGUUUGUCUUCAAAUGUCUGUACUUAAAAAUUUUGUUUUGACAUCAACUUGUCGGAGAAUUCUUUGAGAAAUUGGCCUCUUAGGAAUACGCAAACGAAAUCGUAGAUUCAACAAUUGGAUGAAUUCGUAGAAUAUAAAAGUUUUAGUUGUUUGGAUGUAACUUUUGAUCCGGUGUUCACAGCGACUUUAGACUAUGUCCAAUCGUUUACUCUCGCAAAAUUACGUUAAUAUAGCGUCUAAAUAAGUUUAUUCCAGCAGUUUUUCAAAGUUCGCGAGGAAUGGACUGUAAAAAUACAAAAGGGUUGACCUUUCUUUUUUACGAGCCUAAGACUUUUCGUCUGAGAAUCAAUUUCAAUGACUCUUUCUAAACUAAUCGUAAAUAUUAAUUAAUUCCGAAAUGACAUGAAUACAGCGUCUGAUUAAAUGCAAUUCAUGAUUAUGAUGAACGUAUCAUUUUCCAAAAUCUGUGGAACCGACAAAAUACAAACGGAUUUGAUUUUUAGCGAUUUGCAGAUCUGAAAAUCGAUUUGUCUUCCAACGGUUUCGUAGAAGUGUUGCCUCAACGAUUGGACCCUCAGAAUUUCGAAAUACGUGUACAAUAUUGUGAGAUCAAUAUAUGUUGAAAUCCAAGGUCUUUUCCUUGCUGUCAUUUGUGAAUUUGUGACAGCAGAGACUGGAUACGAGUCGCAGCCAAAUAAUUACCCCACAGAUUCCGGUUAUAGACCGAAGUCAUACACACGCAUGACAAGGAAAUUGAUCAGUAAAUGAGCCUUUGUAUAACUAUGGGUAAUUUGCGCAUAUAUUUUAAUCUUUUAACAGCAUUACACCUCAAUUUCUUACAAACAUCAAAAUAAUCUAUGUUGUUAACUUAAUGAUCUGUCUGUUUCAAUAUCACUUCCACAAUUACUAGGAUUUGUGCAUUUGCACCCAGUUCGUGAAACAAAUCAACAAUGAAUGCGACAGUUUACUGAUGCAAUUGCAUAUGUAGAGACGAUGACAAUAUGCUGCUAGGUGUGUGUAGGGAAUGGAUAACGAAAGGUUAUUUAUGGGGAGAAAUGUUCAAUUCCACUCAGGAGUCUGUAGAAAGAACAAAUUAUAUAUUCAUGGUAACAAUACAUUAACAAUACGACGAUCAAUUAGAGACGCAGGAUUAUUAAAUCUGGUAAUUCAACAUGUUUUUCUCGUUCUCUUACGUCUACAGUUCGACUCACACACAUAACUUUUCUUUACUCUCUCCUUACUCUCUUCCGCUUUUCAUCUUACUACCUUUAUUGUCAACUCUACUACUCUCGUGCUCUCUUGCUGUACACUCCACAUGCCUUUCGCUCACAUUCCUAUUAGCCUCUCUCUACAUUUUGCUGUAAUCUGCCUCUCACCACAUCUAACAA